ACGUUGCCAGCGCACGAUCACUGUAGACGUGCUAGGUUGAAGAAGACACUAUGGCGAGGUCUGCGCUGCUUACGUUGGUCUUGGUGAUCUUGGUGGCAGUACACUACGCUGCAGGUGGCGCUGUACCACGGACGGUGUCUACAGAGCGGGGGCGAAUUAUCAACGGCGUGGACGCAGCCCCAGGAGAGUUCCCUUUCCAGCUGUCGGUGCAACUUGAUUUUCUCGGCACCUACAUCCACGCCUGUGGCGCGUCUAUCCUCAAUGAGUUCUGGGCUAUUACCGCCGCCCACUGUUUCGAAAUGGGUGGCUACUAUGCGAUCCUAGCAGGCACAACCAGUCUCGUGCAGGGUGGUUCCAUGAUAAACAUCAGUGAGACUAUAAUCCAUCCUCAAUACGACAGUUCUAAUUCCUGGAUCAACGACGUCGCCUUAAUCAAGGUAGCGACACCUUUUGUCCUGGACGGCACCACGAUGGGAACUAUACAGCUUCCAGCGCAAGGACAGGAGACUCCAGAGGGCUCCAGUGUCACUGUCAUCGGCUGGGGUACAACCUCUUUCGGUGGAAGCUCUCCGGCUGAGCUGCAGAAAGUGGACAUCGUGGUGUGGAACCAGGAGCUGUGCUCGUCUCUCUACUGGGACGGCUUCGAGUACCCGGUCUACCCCACCAUGAUCUGCGCAGGUGGCGUCGAGCAGCAAGCUGGUUCCUGCAAUGGUGAUUCUGGAGGGCCGCUGUUCCACGAGGGAGUCCUGGUGGGCAUCGUGUCGUGGUCCUACAACUGCGGCGAGCCACCCUAUCCAGACGUAUUCACGCGCGUGUCCAGCUAUGUGGACUGGAUCAACCAGUACAUCGCCGCCUAACAGUGGCUGUGGGUCGCUUCUUGUUUACAGCAAAGUAUUGAUGUAUUGCUUAUGGUAUGUCGUCAU